GCCGAAGACGCUGGUGCGUGCGUUUAUUGUCGCCGGGCAUGGAAAAGGCGUUGAGACGUCACUAAUUGUUCAUACGCCGAUUCGACCGCGGUUUUUGUCACACUUUAGUGACAUUUGAACACGUUGACGGGAGCUAUCGUCACUUUUUGCCGUGUUUUUUUACUCUUUUGAAAGUUUUUUCCAGCUCGAGCGACACAGCCGAGUACUCGCUUGUUUGUUUGCGGCACGCGCCAGCUGCCGACAUGGAGCCUGAACCUACACACGCCAUCGUGAACGGAACUGCAGCCUCGCCGACAGGAACAGUGGACACCACAGUUGUUGCAGUGGUGGUGACGCUGAUCCUGCUGACGGUGGUGAUGCUGGCCUUCCUGCUCUACUGCUACAUGUGCCACAACAAGGGCGACUACCGCACCACGGGGGAGCCGGCCCCCGGCCAGGACCCGGAUGACGACGACGACGAAGACGGGGAGCGCAGACCCCAGGCUGCCGGCGCGAAGAAGGAAUACUUUAUUUGACUGUGAAGGAAGCGUGGCGGAUCCCAAAGAUUGUUGUAUUACGGGAAGUGUGGUGGCCUUUUCUACCGUUCUUGACGAUCAUCAAUGAUGACGUGACGUGUGGCUAGCGGUGUGCCAAUAUUUUUAUCAACUCCUCUUGGGGCGCUCAGGGUGGCGCCCCCUUCUGCUCCUUUUUAGCUGUUACGGGUUUUACAUUUGCUUUUUAAGGCUCAUUAGUGUUACAUCAUGUGACGUGCUCAAGCCCCGCCUCCCCCCCCCAUGUUUGACAGGAACCAUGGAAGGCAAUAAAAACGUCUUCUGUA